AUGAAGAUCAAGAAGGAGAGCUCAAGGAUUGUGAAGCCAAUUUAUGAAGGUAAUCCCCCACCAACCACUACUCACAUUCCUCUAACAGUCUUUGAUAAGGUCACAUAUAACACUCAUAUAGCCAUCAUCUAUGGAUAUAGGCCACCCACACCUCCUAACGAGGCAAUCCAUCAAGGCCUUGGUAAGGUUUUAUCUGAAUAUAGGGAGUGGGCAGGCAGGUUGGGUAGGGAUGAGAAGGGUCACCCUAUCAUUCUACUCAAUGAUGAAGGUAUCAAAUUUGUUGAAGCCAUAGUUGAUUGCACUCUUGAUCAGUCCAUCAUGCCCUUCAAGCCAUCACCCAUUUUACUAAACCUUCACCCCAACCUUAAAGGUGUGGAAGAGCUGGUGCAAGUCCAACUCACUCGAUUUACUUGUGGGUCAUUAGUGAUUGGGUUCACAGCACACCAUCUAGUUGCAGAUGGGCACUCAACUAGCAACUUCUUGGUUUCAUGGAGUCAAGUAUGUAGAGGCAUUGAUAUGAACCCACUUCCCUUCCACAAUCGCUCGAUUUUCAUCCCUCGAGAACCGCCGAUCUUCGAAUUCGAACAUGGAGGAGUGGAAUUUCACAAGAAGCUCAACAAAGUAUUUCCAAUAGUUGAAGAAGAAGACAUAGUGGUACACAAGGUUCAUUUCACAUUAGAGUUCCUAGCCAAUCUUAAAGCUAGGGCUUCUUUAAGCCAUGGUACUAAUAAGCUUUAUAGUACAUUUGAGAGCUUGGCAGCACAUCUUUGGAGAACUGUCACUAGGGCUCGUGGGCUUAAUGGAUUUGAGAUGACCCAAGUUAGGAUUUCUGUGAAUGGGAGAGCUAAGCUAAGCCCAUGUGUCCCUAAUGAGUAUUUUGGAAAUUUGGUUCUAUGGGCAUUCCCUUGUGCAAAGGUGGAGGACCUCUUGGGUGAACCAUUGCCCUUUGCUACUAAGCUCAUACAUGAUGCCAUAGCCAAGGUGAAUGAUAACUAUUUCAAAUCAUUCAUUGAUUUUGCAAGCUACAAGGUUGAAGAAGAAGGGUUAGUGCCGACCGCCGACAUGAACAAAUCGGCAUUGUGCCCUAAUUUGGAGGUAGAUAGCUGGUUGAGGUUUCCAUUCUAUGAGCUUGAUUUGGGUUGGGGAAGCCCUUUCAUUUUCAUGCCAUCUUAUUUCCCAACAGAAGGGAUGAUGUUUCUUAUCCCUUCAUUCAUAAGGGAUGGAAGCAUUGAUGCAUUUAUACCCUUGUUCCAAAAAAACUUAGUUGCCUUUAAACAGAUCUGUUUUAGUUUAGACUAG